AUGCCUUUGGUUGAGCAUAUUGAAAAUAGUCCUGAUACGAUAAGAAUACUUUUGACUACGGAUAACCAUGUCGGGUGUUUUGAGAAUGACCCCAUUAGGGGCAAUGAUGGGUGGAGGACCUUUGACGAGAUUACACAGAUAGCUAAGGAACAGGACGUGGAUAUGUUGGUACAAGGAGGUGACCUAUUCCAUAUCAACAAACCAACAAAGAAAUCAAUGUACCACGUGAUGAAGUCAUUGCGAACCAAUUGUAUGGGAAGUAAGCCGUGUCAGUUAGAAUUGUUGAGUGACCCGUCAACAACAAUGUUCAAUGGGGUUGAUGAAGUGAACUACGAGGAUCCCAAUUUGAACAUAUCUAUACCAGUGUUUGCCAUUAGUGGUAACCAUGAUGAUGCCACUGGCGAGGGUUUACUCCUGGCACUUGAUGUGUUGGCCGUUUCCGGACUUGUUAACUAUUUCGGCAAAGUUAAGGAUUCCGAAUCGAUAACUGUACGGCCAAUAUUAUUUGAAAAGGGGAAUACAAAGCUAGCGCUCUAUGGUAUGUCUAACGUAAGAGACGAAAGGCUACAUCGUCUUUUUAGAGACGGAGGAGUCAAAUUUGAAAGACCUGGAAUAGAUUCUGACAAGUGGUUUAAUUUCUUUGCUAUUCACCAGAACCACGCGAUGCACACUUUUAGUUCAUGUAUACCAGAAAACUUUUUACCUCAUUUUCUUGACUUUGUACUUUGGGGACACGAGCACGAAUGUAUUCCAUAUCCUGUACACAAUCCAGAAACUUCAUUUGAUGUUCUACAAGCGGGGUCAUCUAUCGCGACAUCUUUAUCGGAAGGAGAGGUUCCCGACAAAAAGGUAUUUAUCAUCAACAUAAAAGGUAAUGACUAUUCAUUGGAAACGGUUGAAUUGAAGACAGUGAGACCUUUUGUGUUUAGGGAGAUAGUGCUACAGAAGACUGAUCUAGUCCCCGGUGUGGCUUCAAAAGCAGAUGUCAUUGCAUUUCUCACGAAUGAAGUUGAAAAGGCGAUUGAAAUUGCAAAUAAUUCGCAUGCACAGAGUCACCCGGAAUUGUUUCAAUCCAACAGUGAAGAACAGGGCGAUGCUAAACUGAGUGCUCCAUUACCAUUGAUUCGGCUUAGAGUUGAAUACAGUGGUGGUUACGAAAUUGAAAAUGUUCGCAGAUUUUCAAAUCAGUUUGUGGGAAGAAUUGCCAACGUGAAUGAUGUUGUUCAAUUUUACAAAAGGAAAUCACAACAACAACCGGAGAUAUUGAGAAAAAAGACUAAAUUUAAUGACGAUAUGGUUGAUGAAAGUUUGGGUGAAAAAAGCACCACUGAAUUGGCACUUCAGGAUAUUGUCAGUGAUUUUUUAAAACAGACUCAAUUGACGCUAAUGCCUGAAGCAGGAUUGAACGAAGCAGUUAAGAAAUUUGUUGAUAAUGAUGACAAAUAUAGUCUAAGUCAGUAUAUCAAUUCAGAGAUCAAAAAGGAGACCAAAAUGUUGCUCAGUGUUGACAUCGACGAUCAAGAGUUUCAUGGAAUUGAGGAUGAAAAUCAUACAAGAAAUGCAUUCAAGCAAAUACUUUUACAAUUAAAAGAAGGGACUUAUGCCCAGUUGAACUUGGAAGCUGAGAAUGCGGCAAAAGUCUCCAAACCAAAAGUGAAAGGUGGCAGAAAGGCAGCUUCCAAAACAAUUUCAUUGGUUUUGGAUUCCAGUGACUCUGAGAAUGAUGUACAUCCCUCACCUGCUUCAAGAUUUUCACAUACUAGGUCUGUGCCGCAUCCAGGCACUUAUGCUGAAGAUGAAAAUGAGAUGCUCACCAGCGAGGAAGAAUACGAGCCUGAGUCUGUGAAAACACGAGGCCAUAGGGGAGGCAGAAUUGGAAGAGGAAAAAGAUGA